UUCUCGAACUUUUACAGUCUUCAAGGCUCAAGCUGUUAAUGCCGGAUGCCAAUUACAUGAUUUGAAUUGGGACUGUCAUGAUAGAUGACUCACAACACCACACAGGGACGAUAUGACGAGAAACUCAUCAUAGAACGCGACAUGUUAGGCUCGUUUAUUGCUCAUGGCUUCGAGAAGAAGACGCAGAAAGAGAAGCAAUGGUCCAGCAGGAUGUUCUACGAUGCUGUUCUUGAUCACAAAUCCUCACGUAAAGUACCUUAGUAUGCGCCC